CCGCUUGCAGCGGCGGAAAAACGGUGCGGAGGACUCUCCGCGAGGCGAAGCGCGAGACGCCGCCGGAGGCCGGCUGAGGGCGGGCCGCCCCGGGCAGCUUCGGGCGCGAAGCAUGAGCGGCGCCCUCCCCCGGCCGGCUCGCUUCCUGCCGCCUCCCCGAGCCUGGGUCGUGCGGUGUGGGGCCUAGGGGCGGGCAUCGCGAGCCCUCGCCGUGCGUAGGGGCGCUGCGAGCGCGCCAGCGAGGGCAGCAGCCGCCAUGGAGGUGAGCGGGCCGGAAGACGACCCUUUCCUGUCGCAGCUGCACCAGGUGCAGUGCCCCGUGUGCCAGCAAAUGAUGCCCGCCGCGCACAUCAACUCACACCUGGACCGCUGUCUGCUGCUCAACCCCGCGGGGCACGCGGAGCCUGCGGCCGGGCCGCACGGACCCGGGGAGCGGCCCAAGGGGCUCUCGCCUCCCGGCCCCAAGAGGCGGCGGCUCUCCGAGAGCUCGGCGCUGAAGCAGCCGGCCACCCCGACGGCGGCCGAGAGCAGCGAGGGCGAGGGCGAGGAGGGCGACGACGGCGGCGAGACCGAGAGCCGGGAGAGCUACGAUGCGCCGCCCACGCCCAGCGGCGCCCGCCUCAUCCCCGACUUCCCGGUGGCCCGCUCCAGCAGCCCGGCGAGGAAAGGCUCUGGGAAGAGGCCGGCCGCUGCGGCCGCCGUGGCGGGGAGCGCGUCUCCGCGGAGCUGGGACGAGGCGGAGGCGCCGGAGGAGGAAGAAGCGGUGGGCGAUGGCGAUGGGGACGCGGAUGCCGAAGGCGAGGACGACCCGGGCCACUGGGAAGCCCCCGCCGCCGCCGCCGCCGCCGCCUUCGGGGCCAGCGGCGCGGGCCGCGCGCACUCCAGGGCGCUGGCGGCCGAGGAGAUCCGGCAGAUGCUGGAGGGCAAGCCGCUGGCCGACAAGAUGCGCCCCGACACGCUGCAGGACUACAUCGGGCAGAGCAGAGCUGUGGGGCAGGAGACGCUGCUCAGGUCUCUCCUGGAGACGAAUGAAAUCCCCUCGCUCAUCCUGUGGGGGCCGCCGGGCUGCGGCAAGACCACAUUGGCUCACAUCAUAGCCAACAACAGCAAGAAACAUAGCAUAAGAUUUGUGACAUUAUCUGCAACAAAUGCCAAGACAAAUGAUGUACGAGAUGUCAUAAAACAAGCUCAAAAUGAAAAGAGCUUUUUCAAAAGGAAAACCAUACUUUUUAUCGAUGAGAUUCAUCGGUUCAAUAAAUCUCAGCAGGAUACGUUCCUUCCUCACGUGGAAUGUGGGACAAUCACUCUAAUUGGGGCGACCACAGAAAACCCUUCUUUCCAAGUCAAUGCUGCUCUUCUGAGUCGCUGUAGGGUUAUUGUUCUUGAGAAGCUUCCAGUAGAGGCAAUGGUGACUAUUUUAAUGCGAGCAAUCAACUCACUGGGCAUCCACGUCCUGGAUUCCAGCCGUCCCACAGACCCUCUGAGCCACAGCAGCAACAGCAGUUCUGAGCCCUCCGUAUUCAUAGAGGAUAAAGCGGUAGACACUCUGGCUUAUCUCAGUGAUGGGGAUGCCCGAAUUGGACUGAAUGGACUACAGCUGGCGGUGCUGGCCAGGUUAAGCUCCAGGAAGAUGUUUUGUAAGAAGAGUGGGCAAGCCUAUUCUCCCGGUAGAGUUCUGAUCACUGAGAAUGAUGUGAAGGAAGGCCUCCAGAAGUCUCACAUUUUAUAUGACCGAGCAGGAGAAGAGCACUACAACUGCAUCUCUGCUCUUCAUAAGUCUAUGCGGGGCUCAGACCCGAGCGCCUCCCUCUACUGGCUGGCACGCAUGCUCGAAGGAGGAGAGGACCCGCUGUAUGUGGCAAGAAGGCUGGUGAGGUUUGCCAGUGAAGACAUAGGUCUGGCAGACCCAUCCGCAUUACCACAAGCAGUGGCUGCCUACCAGGGCUGUCACUUCAUAGGCAUGCCUGAAUGUGAGGUGCUUCUCGCCCAGUGUGUAGUCUAUUUUGCCAGAGCCCCAAAGUCUAUUGAGGUGUACAGCGCCUACAACAAUGUCAAAGCCUGCCUGCGGAACCACCAGGGGCCUCUGCCCCCCGUCCCACUGCACCUGAGGAACGCACCAACCCGGCUCAUGAAGGACCUGGGCUAUGGCAAGGGCUACAAAUACAACCCCAUGUACAGCGAGCCUGUGGACCAGGAAUACCUGCCCGAAGAAUUGAGAGGAGUGGAUUUCUUCAAGCAGAGGCGAUGCUGACUCUUUGAGGCUAUGACAGCAGAAGGAUGUUACUUUCUUUUCUUUCUUUUCUUUUCUUCUUCUUUUUUUUUUUUAAUAGGAAUGGCCAGAAAGAGAGUAAAUGGAUUGUGAAGUUGGUUUCCUGGUAAAAGUUAAAACAGCCCAACUUUUUGUGCCAGAAAUUUGAGAGUUUCUUAAGUGGAGGCACAGCCACUUCAGCUAAGUGUGUAAUGUUGAAUUGUGUUCAUUUGCACUCUGCAAUAGUUAUGUGUUUGGAAGGGUCUGGCAGCUUUGUGCAAUGAAUUAAUGUUAUAAGGAAUUAUCUAUUUUGUCAUAGUAUUUAAAUCAUAAUGUCAUUUCAGAAUUCAGUUCUGUAGGAUUUUUUUCCCUUUAAAAAAUGUAUAUUCUGGGUAGUUUUAAUUGGUAAAAAAAUGUAAUUGUGAUUUAAUACUGCAUAGUGUUCUGGGGUAUUUUUUUUAUAUGCAAAGGUCUUAUGAGCCAAUAAAACUAUUUCAAAGUA